AUGGGUUUCCAGGAAAGAUCGAGAAGAACGGUGGAUGCCUGCUACAGACACCUCGUCGAAGAUCUUGACCCUUCGUACAUGAGUCUGGUUCUCGUCAUCUGCUUCUUCAUCUCAGGCCUGAUUGACAGCGUGGCGUUCAAUACAUGGAGCUGUUUCGUCAACAUGCAAACUGGCAACACCGUCUUCGCCGCCCUGGGUCUGGGUGGUCAGCCGAAAGCCAGCCACAAGCAGCAAUACUACAAGUCUCUGACCUCCAUCGGGGCCUUCUGCCUGGGUGCGCUAUUCUUCAGUGCCUUGCACCGCUAUCCCCAGGGGCCUGGCCAACAACGGCGGUCUCGCACACGGGUCAGCCUCAUCGUGUCCUUCUUCGUUCAGACCGUCCUCGUCGUCGUUGCUGCAAGCCUCGUGUCCACAAACGAGGUGUCGAACCAACCAUUCGUCGCGGGCACCUUUUCUUCGGGCAACGACGAGAUCCCGCCGUCCACCAUCAACUUUCUGGAUCUGUGCCCGAUUGCACUGAUCUCCUUCCAGGCUGCGGGGCAAGUCACUCUCUCGAGACUGCUCUCCGUGGUUGAACUGCCGACAAUCGUCCUGAGUGCCCUGUACCACGACGUCUGCGCCGACCUGUACACCAUCCGCGACUCAUGGAGGAAGAGCUCCAGCCUCUGGGAGUUCUUCGCCGUCAGCGAAAGAAAGCAACAGCGACGAGCUGCGUGCAUCGUGGCACUUUUCCUCGGCGGCGUCAUUGGCGGCGAGAUGUACAAAUCAUCAGCCGGAAUGGCAGGGGCGCUGUGGCUUGCUGCUGGCUUGAAAUUCGGUAUCCUCUUCGGGUGGUUCUUCUGGAAAGCUCAAAAAGGGGAUGAUGACUGCGACGACCAAUUACCGUGA